CGAAAAAAGGAGGAGGCCGUCUGGGAGAAAAGCAAAUGGCGGCGACCAAGAGGCGGCGUGGAGCCGGCAAGGCAACCGCAGCCGGGCCGAAGACAAAACGCGCGAAGGGAGCUUUGGAAGGGAAGGAGGUCGAGGAGGCCGAGAAAGGCCCGUCCUCCGUGGCGGGCCAGGAUGAAUUCCACAUCCCUCCCCCGGUCUCGCAGGGUAAAUGGAAGAACAAAGAGAGGGUCCUCAUUUUUUCUUCCAGAGGAAUAAAUUUUAGGACAAGGCAUCUAAUGAAGGAUUUGCAUACAUUAAUGCCUCAUUCUAAAACAGAUACCAAAAUGGACAGAAAAGACAAGCUAUUUAUCAUUAAUGAGGUUUGUGAAAUGAAGAAUUGCAAUAAGUGCAUGUUUUUUGAAGCCAAAAAGAAGCAAGAUCUUUACGUUUGGCUUUCAAAUGUCCCCCAUGGACCAUCAGCCAAGUUUUUAGUCCAGAACAUUCACACAUUGGCUGAGUUGAAGAUGACUGGAAACUGUUUGAGAGGCUCUCGACCGGUUCUUUCUUUUGAUCCAGUUUUUGAUCAGAAACCGCAUUAUGCUUUGCUGAAAGAGCUAUUUAUUCAGAUCUUUAGUACUCCACAGUAUCAUCCCAGGAGUCAGCCUUUUGUAGACCACGUUUUCACCUUCUCCAUCACAGACGAGAGGAUCUGGUUUCGAAAUUAUCAGAUCAUAGAAGAAGAUGGAGCCCUUGUUGAAAUUGGGCCUCGUUUUGUCCUGAACCUAAUCAAAAUCUUCCAGGGCAGCUUUGGAGGACAAACCCUGUAUCAAAACCCUCAUUACCAGUCUCCAAAUAUGCAUCGUCGGGAAUUAAGACUAGCUCUAGUUGCUAAAUUUAGAGAAAAGCAAAACAUGAAACAGUUACAGAAAUUGAAGAGUAAGGAAGACCCAGCACUCAUUCCUAAAGAUCCCACCGAGGAAGUUUUUGAAACGCCAGUUGAAGAAAAGCCAAUGGAGAUAGAACUGGUGAGGCCAGAACCAAAAAUGAGUUUGAAAAAGAAAAAGAAGAAAGUACACCAACGACAGAGGAAGUGGAAGAGAAAGCUUGGCAGAAUUGGAGUACAGAAUUAGAACUUUGGAAAAAAAAAAGAUGGAGAUUAAGUGGACUUUAUAGUACGGGAAUCUAAUUAGAUACUACGCUAAUUUUCUAAUCAAAUUAUCUACUGUAACAUCAUGUUGUAAUCACUUAUUGGCUGGUCUUAAAUAUUUUUACAAAACUUUUUUUUGGCUUUUCUUGCUUUUUUUUACUUAAAAAAGGAAGUUGGUGAUAGGUAUAACACAGAGUUAGAACCAGUGGCUCUAGCAAUCUCUCUCAGGCCUACUUUGAAAAGAAAAGUAGCCCACUGGAACAAACAAAACAUCUCUUAACCCACUAUUUGGAAAAAUAAACUCAACCAUAAAUCAACUGGACACUGAGAAAUCACCCACUCAGUUUCCAAUAGUUUAAUGACUGAAAUGCCUUCUCAGUUUGAAGACUAAUAGUUUAUGGAACUGGUAUGUUUUCCUGCAUUUUUUCCUGCAGAUGUUCUACAGUAAUUCCUACCUGAAGAUUCAUGAUAACUCUUAAUCCUGUAUUAUAGAGGCUGUUUACUUCUAAUCAGUGAGGGAGAACUUUAUUAUUAUUAAUAGCCGGAGGUAAAAUUUCAUAUGUAUACAUAUGCUCAACUAAGAUUUCUUCAGUCUCUCGAAUUUUUUCUUGUAUUCCAUAGAUUUACCAGUUUUGGAUUGCACCCCAAUUGCGUUUUCAUUAAAAAAAGUUUAUACAG